CAGAGGAGUCCUCUAUGUCAUAUACUACAAUUCUGCCAUCUCUGGAAAGCUUAGGCUUGUUUUAUUUGCCCAAUCUAAAAGGAUGGUGGAGGGAGGAAGUAGUGGAUGAGAAUUCCUCUUCAAUAAAUAAUCACUAUGUAUCUCAUUCAUUUCCUCGUCUUUCAGACUUGCUUAUUGGUGGCUGCCCAAAGCUGACUUUUUUGCCACUAUCUCCAAAUAUAGAGAGAAUGGUAGUGGAAAAUAAUAUGUGGAAGCCAUUCCAACGGGCAAUGCAAAAGAUUCCAGCUUUAAAGGAAGCAUCAUCUUCCAGCAGCUCUCUCAUUCCAUUCUCCAAUUUGAGUUGCCUAAUGCUUUACAAAAUUGAGGAUUUAAAGUUUCUUCCCGAAUGGCUCAAAAACCUCACUUCUCUCACAGAUAUUAGUGUUAAUGCAUGCCGUAACUUGAAGUGCUUGUCUCCCGGUAUUCAACAUCUUGCCUCCUCGCUUCAACUCUUACGCAUUGAUGAAUGCUACCAACUUGACAUGUCCAAUGCUGCUGAUGAGUUUACGUCGCUAGCCCUUAAAAGUAGUCUGCAUUCACUCGUUUUGAUAAAUUUACCUCAAUUAGAGACUUUACCUCUGGGUCUUCAACAUGUUACGAGCUUGCAACGACUUCAAGUCAAACGCUGUGAAAAUUUGAUUGACAUUCCAGAGUGGAUAAGCAACUUCAAAUCCCUACACACACUUGAAUUUGUUAAGUGCUAUAAUUUGAGAUCACUACCACAAGGACUACGUCAGCUCACAUCAUUACAGAAACUGAAGAUUAAGAAUUGUCCCGUUUUAUACGGAAGAUGCCAAAGAGAAACCGGUGAGGAUUGGCCUAAAGUUGCUCGUGUACCAGAGUUGAUCUUGAGAUUAGGUGCUUCCACAAAACCCUCCACCAGUUUUUCAGGAUGUAAUUGGGGAAUACUUAACAAGUUUCGGAUAUCACAAUUUUGCAAUAAAGGAAUGUCAUAAUGGAUCCAAUUUUCAUAUUCGAAAAUUUCCAACUUAAUUUUGAAUUGCAUAGAUGGACUAAGGCAUAACAAGCUGAGCUAAUUAAGGAAUAGGUAACUAUGAGCCAUUUCGCUUGUACCUUUUAUAUGUUUGUAUGUAACCAUCACAGUUUUUUUAUAAUUAAUUGUUUCAAUAUUUUAAUCUUAAACCAGGUUGAUGAAGCAUUUUGCAUUGUUUAAAGCAAAAGAUUAUGGUGUGCCUCCUGGUUUAGCAACACUAGCGAAGAUUGGCUUAAUUAUUUAUCGUAGAGUUGUUUUUGGGGAGAUGGAAAUGAUAAUCCUGUUCUCGUUCUAGUAUAUAAAUGUCAAUUGCUAUUGCUAAUCUCUUGACGUCCCCCUUACUCUGAAUGACUUCAAAAUUUUGAAUAAGUUUGCCAAAAUAAAGCCCUCUGUCAAUGCUGAUGAUUGGUAAUUUCAGUUUGAAGCUAAUUUAUUCCUCUUUUAACAUGAAAUGAAGUUUCAUAUAUUUAUUUAUUGUUGCAAAAUAUAUAGAUGGUGAUGAAUAUAUACUGGUGUUCUUUCACGAUUGAAAGAUGGAUAAUGAAGUUUGUGUUACAAAUAAUUCCAAAAAAGCAGUGAUUCAAAGUUUGUUUCUGAAUGGCUUCUCCUAGAUGUUCUAAUUCUUAUUUUUAAAUUAAAGGGUAUUGCUAAUAGCAUGGAUCACUAAUGGUUCAUAAUUUCAGUUUCAAAUUAAUUUCUUCCUACUUUAAUAUGCAAUGGAGUUUCAGACAU